AUGAAGAAUACAGGGGGCGACUUCCAGUUCCCAGCACCCAUGGAUGUGGAACCGCCAGGCUAUUUGGCAGCUCAGAUUUCCCAUAAGAAACCCGAACAAGCUUAUCCACACGUGGUUCGUGCUGGCGAAACCGACUUGCCGGAGCGCGGAGACGUGGCAAGACCCGUUUCAGACAUUCCUGGCCAGCUCUCAGGAUCAGAAACGUCUAUGGCUGGCAACAUGACUUUUCCCCAGCACAACGUCUACGUGUACGGCAACAGCCUAACUUCAUCGGCCGACAUCUGGAACGUUCCUGGACCAAACACAUCUGCGCCCUCGAUCUACAUGGCUAGCGUGUCACAACCUUUCGUCUCAGACAACCCUCUGCCGUCCGUUCGGGGAGCGAAUCUAGCGUUUCCAUUAGCGGCGAGGGCUUAUCAGUUUAUGGUCCCACGUGCAGAGCUUCUUCUUGCGUCGUCGAGAUACGCAGAGGAGUAUCUUGACCUUGUUGCAGCUCUCUACUGUCUGUUCCAAAAGUGGCCUUGCAACAAUAUGGAGGAAUUUGCGGAGCAGACGAGGCGGCAUCAGGCCAACGCUGCGACGAGCACUCCCUCGCGACCAGGGGGGGCAGCACUUCCUAGUUAG